CUGCAUGGCUGUCUUGAAGGACUCGGUCAAAGGCAAGACACUUGGGAGUAUGAUGCUUGGAUUGCAGGCGGAAGUCCGAUCCGGUGUGCAGCUCAAGGUUGGUGGUAGACAGCUGGAAAUUCAAAGACAGGCCGAUGCGGGCGAGAUCGAAUUUCUGGAGUCUGGCCAAACUCGCGAGGACGAAUCUGGCUGGAGCAACAUUGUCAAGAAAGAUGAUACCGUCUCACCUUUCAUCACCCCGUUGCAUUCAACAGGAAAUUCUCUCCCUAAGAAGACUUUCAAGCCAAGAUUUGAUCCAAACGUACCUGGAGUAGUAGUGCUUCCAAGACCUGAUGCUGGCUGGUUGAAUAGACUAAAUCCCAAAGAUAUCCCAGUCGUUGAUGUGGUAGUUGACCCGCUCAUAUUGCGCUUUCUACGCCCUCAUCAAGUCGACGGUGUGAAGUUCAUGUACGAGUGCACAAUGGGUAUGCGUGGACACGAAGCUCAAGGAUGUAUAUUGGCAGACAAGAUGGGAUUGGGAAAAAGUAUACAAGCUAUUGCGCUAUUAUGGACUUUGCUACGUCAAAAUCCCCUCGGGGGACAAGGGCCCGUGAUACAAUGAGCGAUGAUAGUGUGUCCGGUGACUCUUGU